ACGCUUUUGCAAAACRAACCAGACUGACAAAAAAACCUUCAACACACAAGAGUGUUUGAAACUUCAUCCAUCCAAUGUUGCAAUUUGCUGACUUACUGAAUUUCUCUGAAGUUGCAAAAAUGGCAAGCCGCUCAGCAAAGAACGAAGGGAAAGAGAGCGCGAUGAAUAAGACAGCAAGGUAUGAAGUUCAAUUGUCCUUGCAAGUGAAAGUGAGGCCACGGUUCCUUUGCAUCAAAGAAUUUAAUCCAGACUUCUUGGAAUUCUUUGCAUUUUUGACUAACAACGAGAGUGUUUGUUUGACUUUUGCUUCAUUGCAGGUUCAUCAUAUUUAUCCCCAUCGGUUGCCUCAUAAUUAUUGCCUUUGAAUCAUUCUUAAUUGGUAGUUCAAAUAGUCCGAUGAGGGGUUGUAGUUCUGCCGCCGUCCACGAUGAACAUUCUGAUGAUUUCCCCACCGCUGGUUUAGGCGGAGCUAGUGGUGUGCGAUUUUCCGGAACCAAGAUCAGAAGCUACGAUACGACGACGAACAUCAAAGGCUUGUUUUCGGCUUCUGGAACGGGAACGAAGGUGGAUCCAUUCCAGGAAUUUCUUUCUUCGACCGCUCCAUCAUGCCUACAUUGGGCUGUUGUUACCACUAUAUUUGUGCCCAAUGAAUCAAUUAUUGGGAUCUCUAACUUGAAAGGUUGGUGCAUCGUUAUUGUGGGCGAUACAAUCACACCAGACAAAGCUUACGACGAUCUUGCCAGAAAGGAAAAUGUUGUUUAUUUGUCCGCUUUGAAACAGGAARAGAUGUUAGAGGCAAGUUCUUUCAUGAGAAUGAUGCCAUGGAAAAGCUUUGCAAGAAAGAAUAUUGGUUAUUUGCUUGCGAUAUCAUUCGGGGCAAAAGUUAUAUACGACUUCGAUGAUGACAAUGUCUUGUUGCCCCUUGAAGAYGGUGCUACCAUCCCGCCCCCAUUCUUCUAUGAAGAAGAUAAAGGAUUCGAACGRACUGUUUUGCAUAAGUUUGUUGCUGAAGCGGAUAAUGAUGUCAUCAUCGAGCAUGCCUUCAAUCCGUAUCCAUUUAUGGGCCCUGAUCAUCAUCAUUCUUGGCCCCGAGGAUUUCCCAUUGACCAGGUUCAGAAGAGCUUCGAUGCAUGGAAUCUGACCAAUACCACCGUUGGAGAUAUAAAAUACUCUUCCAUUGGAGUUAUCCAGUCGCUAUGCAACGGCAACCCUGAUAGCGACGCUAUAUUUCGAUUGUCACGAAAGGAUGCAACGAAAUUCAAAUUCGAUCGUUCUCCUACUGCAUUACCGUUGCUGAUCCCUUCCUCUGGAUAUUCCCCCUUCAAUGCACAAGCGACGACUCACUUAUAUCAUGCAUUUUGGGGUCUAUACUUGCCCUGCACUGUCCCGGGGCGUGUCACUGAUAUUUGGCGCAGUUUUAUCAUGCAACGCGUCAUGACAGAGCUUGGGUUGUACGUUUUGUACACGCCCCCUAUUGUGACCCACGAGCGCAACGCACAUGAUUAUCUUGGUGACCUGAUUGCUGAAGCUGAUGUAUACACAAAGACGUCAUCUUUGCUUGCGUUCCUUCAUAGUUGGUCCCCRAACRAAGCGGAAACUUUACCAGAGUUCAUUUUCGAACUGUACAUUGAAUUGUAUGAACGUGAUUACAUCGAACUUCAUGAUGUGGAGAGCGUUAAGGAAUAUUUACAGUCCUUGGUAGCGAUUGGGUAUGAAUUUCCAAGCCCCAAAAACGCAUCCUUGCCUCAAGAACAGCCAUCUGUUUUGGGGCAGCCUUAUAGAUCAUUUCCUAAAUUCAAAAUCAAUUCUCACGGAAAAAAAUUGGAAAAAGGGUCUGAUGAAUGGUGGACCUCCGCUGUAGACUGGAGCUCACGAAGUGAGAGCGCUGUKGUUAAAUUAAUUCUCAUGACAAUGAACGAGUGGCCAUUGGUGAAAUCGUGGGUGAUGGUAAGUUCGUCGCAUUGAAAAGUUUGCCGCUUUUGUGCUCUGGCAUGUUUAUCUCACACCAGCACAUCUCCACUUUUUGCCCGGUUUCUGUCCAGUAUCAUGGGUACGUCAUUGGAUUUGAGAAUCUUUAUAUUAUAGACUCCAGCACAGACAGUCGCUGCUUGUCCUUUCUCCGAUACGCCCGAGAUCAUCUAGGAGCUAAUGUAAUGUUUGGCGACWUCAACCUGAAUGAGUUAGAWCCCCUCWUGUCCUCUAUUGGAAAGAAUAUUGCAGGCUCUUCCGACGUCUUCCUUAAAAUGGAUACAGACGAGUUCUUAAUGGUUUAUGAUGAAGCCAGCACGACUGKCUCUGCCUCUAUCUUGGAUUAUCUAGCUGAUUUUGCCAAAGAUAAAAAUCAUCCGUUGCGAUUGAACGAAACUUCGAGAGUCGGAUAUACUCAGCCUUCCGUCCCGUCAAAAGAGGUCUGCAAAGAAGAUAUCCAUGCAUUGCCUGAAAAGUUUCCACUUGACGAAGUUCAGUCGGUCAAAGGAUAUAAAAUGGUUUAUUCGUCACCAAUUUUUUUUGGUGAUGUGAACAUAAAUCUUGGGGGCCAUGCCAUUAAUGUGAGAGACAACAUAUCGACGAAGUUUUUGGUCGUCCAUUAUCAUUGGAGAUGCAUCGAGAUUGAUGUGGAAAACUCAAAACAAGUUCUUGAAAGACAUAAUUAUAUUUCUCCCUCGGAUACAGACGAAGCGGUUUUGGCAAAGUUGACCGAACAAAUAGGCUGCUCGGCAGAUGAGAUGUGUGACAAUAAGUGCGUGUAUCCASYUGUARMAAGUAYUCAUAAAGUACAAACUUAUUUGUGGUGGCUCCACUGCAAGGAGAAUCUUGAGAACRACUAUUACAAACAAGGGGGGAAGGGUGUUUUCAACCAGGACAUGCUCGAUAUUUGGCGCAUUUCAGAGAAAAAGUUUGGUUUGUAGAGCAUGUGGUACUUUUCCACAUGAAAAGUAUAUUCGGCCCUCUUUGCAAUGGAGACAAGUUGGAAGACAAACAUAGACGUCGUAAUCAGUAAUUGAAAGCUCAAUGAAGACAUGCCUUCUGU